AUGCUUCCCACGCCGCCCCCCACACCGCCCGCCCGCUGCUAUGCGCCGGAAGACCGCCUGGGACUUCUCCUGGCCAACCGGCUGGAGCUCACCGGCAUCCUGGGCGUAGGGGCUUACGGGGUGGUCUACACGGCCGUUGACAUCCAUACCAAUGUCCUGUAUGCUGUCAAGGCCCUCAACAAGUCCGGACUGGAUGCUCGCCAGCUCAAGUUCCAGCAGCGGGAGAUCAAGCUCCACCACCUGGCCAGCCAACAUCCCAACGUGGUCUCCCUGGUGCGGAUCAUGGACUCGGUGGACUGCACCUAUGUGGUCAUCGAGUUCUGCCCCGAAGGCGAUUUGUUCUCCAGCAUCACCGAGAAGGGCAACUUUGUGGGCAACGACCUGCUGGUCAAGCGUGUGUUCCUGCAAAUCCUGGAUGCGGUUCACUUCUGCCACUCGAUUGGAAUUUACCACCGGGAUCUGAAGCCGGAGAAUAUCUUGGUGACAGACCAGGGCCUUACGGUCAAGCUGGCGGAUUUCGGUUUAGCGACGACUGAUUAUUUGACGUCCGACUUCGGUUGCGGGUCAACCUUCUACAUGUCUCCAGAAUGUCAGCAGCCAAGUUCGCGAGCGGUGACGUGCUACGAGUCGGCACCUAACGAUGUGUGGAGUCUCGGGGUGAUUCUGGUGAAUCUGACCACCGGCCGCAACCCGUGGAAACGCGCCUCGAUCGAGGAUUCGACCUUCCGGGCGUAUCUCAAGGAUCCGUACUUCCUCAAGACUAUCCUGCCCCUGUCCGAUGAGAUGAUCUGUAUUCUCAGCCGCAUUUUCGAGUGCGACCCGUCCAAGCGGAUUACCAUCCCGGAACUCCGUCAAGUGAUCAUGGAUUGCCCGCGGUUUACCAUGAACCCUGUUAUCCCCUGGGCCACGAGCGGUCCCGUUGACUACUUCCACCCCGUGCCCGGGCCAGUGGAUGCCUUCAACACCCAAUCCUCUGUUUCGUCUGGAUCGUCUCAGUACUCUGACUUUUCCGCCUCGGUGGUCUCCAGUGCCUCGUCCUUCACGGAAAACUAUCCGGACAUGGACAGUGUCUCGUCGAUGUCUUCUGGGGGGUUCGAGACUGAAGACUGCAAGGAGUUCUAUCCCUCGGAGCCUAUUCCGGUUCCGGAGGGACAUGUCAUUCCCUACAGUAUGAUUCCUGUUUAUUGA